GCGAGUGCAAGUGUGCGAUAACAGCAGCAGCGGCUCUGUCUGGAGCUCACACUGUACAUUACAGAAGCCCCCUCCUCUGGAAGACGGUGUUUCUCCCAUUAUGGGCGACAAGAAAAGCCCAUCCAGGCCAAAAAGACAAGCCAAGCCCUCUGCAGACAACGGAUUUUGGGACUGUAGCGUCUGCACCUUCAAAAACAGUGCAGAGGCAUUCAAAUGCAGUAUAUGUGAUGUGCGGAAAGGUACAUCUACAAGAAAACCUAGGAUAAACUCUCAACUCGUGGCACAGCAGGUCGCUCAACAGUGCGCCGCCCCACCCCCAGCCAAGAAAGAAAGAAGGGAAAGGACAGACAGACACCUUCCUGACGACGACCACUUCGACAUGGACAACUCCGACUCAGAUAGACUCAGCAGUCUCCACCCUGACUCCGACCAUCCCGAGAGAUUAGGUCUGGAUGGAGGUCAGCUUGAACGUGGACAUUCUCAUAAGGAUCGGAGACAGGAACGCGGGCUGGACAAACCGCAAAUGCUCGAUACAGACAGGGGGCCUGAGCGAACAGGACUGACCCCAAACCUUCUUCAGCAGCAGCACAACAGAACAGACCGAGAGCACACGGACAGAGCAAUGCUGGAAAAACUUCAGCCUCACAGAGAGCACAUGGAUAAGGAUCAUCCUCACACGGCAGACUCUGGAAUGCAGCCCGCAGAGAGGAUGGGUGCAGAGAGAGACGAAAUCAAAAAAGGGAAAAUAGAACGAGCCAUGGUGGAGAAACCCAAAGAGAGACAUAAAAGCCUGACGCCCAGUAAAAAACCCACUGCUAAGAAGAUAAAGCCCAAACUCAUUCAGAAAGGUCCAGCUGGGGAAAGUAACGGCAUGAAGCCUGGGAAGUCUGUCACGAAGAAUAACAAAUCCAUAAUUUCACGACCUAAACUGAAGAACAUAGACAGGAGCUCGGCUCAGCAGCUCGCCAUUACAGUGGGCAAUGUGACUGUCAUCAUCACAGACUUUAAGGAGAAGACUCGCUCUUCCUCCACCUCCUCCUCCACGGUCACCUCCAGCGCUGGCUCUGAACAGCAGCACCUGAGUUCCAGCUCGGAGAGCACAGACAAGGGGUCGUCCCGCGCCUCCACGCCCAGAAGAGACCACUCGUCCGGGCAGAACGAGACCCUGUGAAGGGGAAGAGAUUCAGACACGCCGAUCUCACUGGACGAGGCCUGGAGCUCCCACACUCGUAACUGUACAUGGAAGAGGGAUCUUUCCAACCCAUUCAGACAAUGUCCAUCUCGACACACCGGCAGAAACGUACCUGUCGAAAACCCUCGUGGAGCACCCUGUAGAUUGAUGUGUUGAUGUUCACGUGAGUCACUGUCACGCCGAGACCCACUGUAUAUUCUGUGCCCUACUCCUAUCAGAUAUAAUCCAUGUUUGUGCACCACGGAAAUCAGCGCUCCCAAGUUUGCAUUAUUAUCAUCGUUCAUUGUCAUUAAAUCGUGCAGACUUUGUGUUUAGAACGUAGAUUCGUUUAUGCUAAAUGUACAGUAUCUGAGCUCAUUUCAUCAUCUCUCGGACAGCUCCGAGUCAACGAUCCGUUGCUGCGGCUGUUUGUAAACCGCGAGUUCUCCACGCUUGACCACCGUGUACAUGGAGAUUUGUUCCCUUAUUAUUUCGUAUGACAAACUCUUGUGUGUUUACAUGGUGGAAACACAAACUGUGAUUAUGUGAGUUUACAGUAUUAUUAUAAAUGCAAGGCCAACUUUGAAAUCCAUACGGUGUACCUUGUAGACAUGUUUUGUGGUUCACAAGAUGAUAAGAGAGUAUUUAGAAUAUUGGUCUUUAUCUUUCUCUGUUUUUAGACUUUAAACCUUUGAAUAUUUCUUGUAAAAUUAUAUCGAGAUUCACAGGACUGUCUAUUAUUCAUCUUCAUGGCAAAGACGCUCAGAAAGUGUGAAGAAUGAAGCUGGCAGUUGUUGGAUUUUGAAGCAGCUUAUCUAUUUGUGAGAUUUCAUACAGUAUAUUUACGGUUUACCAAGAUCUCUACUGAAAUUGAUCACUGAAUAAUACUUCCAAUAUAGCAUUAUGUUGUAAAAAAUUGGCUUCUUCUCGCCCAUAAGGACGUUUUGCACAGGUUUACACUCAUUCUGACAAUUUGUUAAAAAUCUAGGAGCUAAUGAAGCUAAUAAAAACUUUCUCAAACUCAUUAACAUUUUGGGCAGUUUGAUAUCAUCGUUAACUUGUUCCACAAGCAGUUAUAUUUCUGUAUAGUGACCAAUGUUUACUGUGCUCAAGUCAGCAUGAAAUAGAAAUUUGCCCUAUCUAUUCUAAAUGUGUGUUGUGGAUAUUAUUGUGAAUGAUUUAUCUGUGCAUAUCUUUCAUUUAUAGACACUUUUUUUUUUUGACCUCUUAAUUUUUAAUCAAAAUGUCAUAACUUUACCCUCUGGUGAAGUGAUAGACUUCUGUCUAUUAUUGUUGUUUGCAACGUCUCAACAUCCAAUCAACAACUGAUGCACAGAAGAACCAAGUCAGAUGUACGUCACAAUACUGUGGAAGAAAGAUCUGUCGCUACUUCCAAUUCAUUGUGACUUUAAGAUGGGUGCACAUAAUCCCAGAUAAAGACCUUUCACAAGUAAAGCGAUUAAUUGUUUAUUGCAAAUUUGAUGUAAUGGAGUUCUGCUUGAAUUUGAUGCAUACUAAAUGUAGCGCUGCAGUCCAUCACUUUUUUUUGUGUUCAAAAUGUAUAUAAUGAGCGAGUACAUCAUGAAUCCAUUUUCAAAA